AUGACACCACCCCUCCUCCCCUUCCCACCCAGUGCCCUCCCCUUCGAAUCAACCCUCACGUCCAAGUCCCAACACCGAAAAGGCUUCGACGGGAAUCUCAAAAACUGUGAAUUACUGGAAUUAUGGCAAUACAAUUGCGAUUUGCAAAAGGAUAGGGAUGGGAAGUUGGGGGAAAAUAUUGUUUGUAGACCUGUGGAACGGCUUUUUCGUCGGUGUAAGAUCGAAAGGGAACUUUUAUGGUGGAGACGACGGUUUGGGAGGGAGAAGGAAGUGCAAAGUGAUAGUCGCGGAUUUGGGGUUGGAUGCUUGUGGUUAGCGUGAACCCUUGCGUGGUGAGAAGAUGAUACUGCGAAUUAAGAUUGGUAGACGGAGAGGGCAUUACACAUGAUG